UUUUUUAGUCUAUUAUCAAAAAUGAAAAUGGCAGAAACCGAUUGACAUGUCUGCGAUUUUCGUAGUUUAUUUUUGGGUACAAUAAUUACUGCCUUUGUACUUUUUUGGAGUGCUAAUGUGUUACUUUAUAAAGCAUUACAUUUAUUAACCGUGCGUAUAAAUUAAGUAAUACUAAGCUAAACAUGACGCAGUAUGUUGCAAUUCUUUGAAAGAAAAAUAACUUUGGCAUAAUGAUAACAAAAGAUGUAAAAAAAUCAACCUUGUAUCGCUACGAGUUCGUUUUCGUCACAUGUGUAACGUAGAGAUUAACGAGUCAUGAUUAUUGGCGGCCGCGAAAGUGCGAGAAAGCAUACGUAACUGGUGCAAAAGUGGUUUCAGUGAUUGUGACGUCACGUACUCGAAAAUACGCUGUUUGGUGUGUAAAUAAGUGUCGUCCGGAUGCGCGGCGGCUCGCGCGCGCUCUCCGGUGUCCUGGGCAGGGCACAAUUCGCGGCGUGAAGCUCCGCGAGGAUGGGCGGCGAUGUCUGCCCCGACCGAGAGCGCCGCCAGCCUCUCUCCGUGUGCUUGCACUAACAUAUCGCUUAUGCAAUUGUUCCACGAGCUCAAGCAGAAGUUCCCGAGCGUACCCGACCAUGUUGUGUCUAGCACCAUCGAGCUGUACUGCCACGACAAGCAAGCCUGUGAGACGCAACUGCACAGCGAAGUCAAGGCCUCCCUAACGCACGCGUACCACGCGUCGUCGUCCGCCGCCGCGCGCCACCACGAACACAAGCUCAGCACCCCGGCCAAGUGCCGGAACCAGCCUAUAUUUAAGCAUGAGGCCCCUAAACUAACUGCCAUUAACGCUGUCCCUUGCCAAGCACCUCAAACAGCUGUACUAAGCACAUGCAUUACAGAUGAGAAUGAAAACAAUAAGGUAAACACCGACGCUAAUCAAAAUGUUGUUGAACCUAAAACCUUUAUCAAAGAGGAAAUUGUCAACAAUUCCUCUCCAGUCACCGUCAUAAACAUUGACAACUGUUAUGCAAAGUACAGUGCUGAAUCACCAAGUGACUUGGAGUUGACAAACGUAACACCUAAAGAACAAGUUAGUACACCUCAGUCUAACCCACCUGAGCCAGAGAGCACAAACUAUAGGAUACUUAAAAGUAACAAAGUAAGAUGCAAUUUACAUGAGAAAUUAGAGAAAGGUAAAGGCAAGAAAACUAUUAACAAAGAGGAACCGAAAGUGACUAGUAACAAAGAAGAGCCUAAAGUAAAGGAGGAAACCUUGGAAACUGAUUCACCACCACCAAAAGAACCAGUACAGGAGAAACCAAAACGGCCGAACACACUUGAUUUUAUCAAACCAAAUCCAGAUAUUGCAUUUAAGCCCCACGCAGAGAGUGAGCCGUGUAGAUCUGUCUCACCAGCCCCUCCAAAACCCCCAAAAGAACCCCAGGAACCCCCUAAAGAGCCAACUCCUGGGACUUACAGACCUGAAAGAGGGUUCUCAGAGAGACCGGAUCGUUUUCCUGUCAAUGUUUCAGUCAAUGUUAACUGUCAUAUGGAUUAUGGCUACGAUCCAUGGUUAGAAGAUUAUCACAGUCCGAGACCAAUAACAUCGGUUAAUUUAACAGUUUGUACACCAACAUCGAACAUGGCUAGUCCAGUGAGAGAUAGGGAGGAUGAUUUUGAAGGGCAUGUGUUAGUGACGGUGAGCCCUAGUACAGCGCGGGCGCCCCCGCGGCGUCGGGCGCCGCCCCCGCCCGCGCCAGCAGCCGCGCAGGAGCGCCUGGAACCGAGGCCGAUGCGCGCAGCGCCUGCACCACCAGAAUCUUCACAUAUUUCAGACCGUUCCCUCAUCGAGCGUCAGAAAGAACGCCUCGGGCGCCUCGCGCGGGCGCUAGCACAGGAGCGCACCCGCCUCGCGCAGUUGACUCGAGAAGCUCGCGUACUAGCGGCACCUUUACCAUCACCAGCGCAACGACAACAAUUGAGAGAUGAUGUACAACGCUUGAGGGCACAGUGCGAUCAUCUAACCAAGCGUGUAGAGUUGUCUGCGCCGAGUUUAGAGCAAGAAGAGUCCGAUAACUUCUACAACAACAUCUACACGGGGCAGCGGCCGCCGGCCUCGUGGAAGUGCCACAUGUGCACGUUCCUCAACCACCCGCUGCUCGACAAGUGCGAGGAGUGCGACAUGCCGCGCAUCGUCAUAGGUACGUCGCCCGCGCACACCCUCGACUCAGGCUUCGGAUCCUUCCGGGACAAAACUAGGAACAGACAGUUAACUGACGCUACGGACAAUGUGGGCUGUUAAAAAAAAAACAAUUGUGGCCCGGAUGCGAGUCCUUUAAGCCAAAUGUGUCAUGUUUUCUUGAGAAUUUUUAAAGUGUUAGAUUAACUAGCAUGUGCUUGUGACCUGCAUUAACAUUGAAGAUACCAACUAAAGAACAAAUAGUGACUAAAGUGAGUUGGUAUUUUCUUUCCCAGUUUGUGUUGUUACAGUGAAGUGAAGUUUUCUACGAGUGGACUUUUUGCAUGACUUUAAUGUUUUGACUGGAUUAACAUUUAAUUCCUUUUUUAUGUGUAUAUAUUGCUAAGAUUUAUUAUGGGCAGUUUUAGCAGCUGAAGACAGGAAAAGAAUUCGUUUUCCUAGUGAUGGUUAAAGUAUUGAAAGUAUUGUUUAUAAAGGGUUGUUACCAAAAUUAAAUAUUGGGAUAAUAGUGGCCUUUGAAAAAAAAUAAGAAUGAAGACUUAUGGUAACAUUCCAUUUCUGACCGCAGCUGUACUACUGGUACUGAACGCAUCGGUGUUAAUGUCAAUUUCCAUAGUAAAAUGAACGGUAGUGCAGCUGUGAAAAUGGACUGUCACCUUUACUUUUUGAUCAAUGGAUAGGCUUUUGUUUCAUACUAAAUAUUGUUAGAGUCAGAGUAUUUUUUGCUCCCCAAAUAUUUUACACACAAUUUUGACGAAGUGUUUCAACACUUGAUGAUAUUUUUGGCUGUCUGGUAGAUGUUCCCGACUACUGCCAAAUAACCAGAAAUGCCAUCAAAUCGUAAUGAAUUCGUCAAAAAUGUGUCCAAAGAAAUUGACGUUCGAAAUGCCCGUGAUAUCGAUCGUUUUAGGAUUAUGAAACAGCAGCUUAUCUGAAGAUUAAAAUAUCAUCUUUAAUAUGUUUAGAUCUCUUUGUAUGUUAUUAAAAAUAAAUAAAAUAACAAAUUUAUGUAGGCAUAAUUUAAAUACACAGGUAACGCGAAUACAGAGGCCUUCCUACUUAAACUUAUUGUUGAAAACGGAUGAUGUCUAUUUCAAAAAGUUCUUAGUUAAAUGCACUGUCUGUUAGGGUCGCUUUAAUUGUAUAUUAUGGUUAAUAUAUGAAAUUAUACAAAGAUUAUUAGAAUUGUUAGUUUGGUAUCGACGAUAUAUUUAUUGUUUUCGUGUAUAAGUUGACUGAGACAUCACUUCUUAACUUGUCACUGAGACAUCACGAGAUCUCACUUAGACUAUCUGCGCCUUGCCAAAAAGUCUCCUAAAUUAUUUAUUUGUCAGAAGAGUUAUUAUUGCUCAAAUUUAUAUUGCUCAGUUUGCACAAAUUUAAAACUUAAAGUAACGCAACUUUAUCUAAAUGGAGUGGUUCACGCACAAAAAUCUUUAUUGCAAAACUAGUUAAUUCUACAAAAAACACUUAUGUUAGAAAACGUGUAGGAAAAGGCAAAAAUUAAAAAGAAAGUUUGAUAUUGCGCAUUAUGCAACUAUGAAAUUCCGUUCUUAACCUGUUUUAAGGAUAUAAGGACAUACUGUUUACUAAGCCAGUAAAAGUAACGUUUUAAAAUAUAUUUACAAUUUUCCAAAUUAUUUUUUUUACUAUGGAUAAUUUUUUUGAGCGCUCCUAAAUCAGAUUUUAAAGAUGGACUAACGUAGUGACGAUUUUUCCAUUUAGCUACUAAGAUUUUAAUUAAUUUUUACUUUUUAAUGUGAAGCUUAAAAUGUAGCUUACUUCCUGACAUUCAGAAUCUGUGGCCCUAGUGAAAAAGGGUACAAGUCUCACGCAGCUUAGGAGUAAAAGGGCAUAGGUGUUACUUGGAACUUAUACCCAUUUACAACCGCGUUGCCCGAGACUUAUACCUUUUUUCACUAAGGACACAGAAAUAGUUUUUAUUAAAUGUCAAAAAUAUAUUGUUUCUUAUAUUUAACUGUGAUAGAAGUAGGACUUUAUGUCGUAAGGGAGCGGUUUAUCGCGACAACGCUUUAUCGUCGCCUAUACGUGACAAAAAGGUACUUAAUAAGAUAAAGACAAUAAUUCGGAGAAUUGUGUGUGCAAUAUCGAGUUGUCACGUAUUAAAGUGAUUCAGUUUGGAAACAGUAUGACGUUGAAAUGAAAUAAAACUUAGGGUUUCAAUAGGUAUGUAUAAUCUAGGCAUCUAUGUUUGAAGUUUGAACACAUUUUUUAUGCCGUGUGAAUACAUAAGGUGGUGACUGAUAACAUAUGCCGAGCUUUAGAAUCGUGAUGAUAAUAAUCGAUGUAUUUCUAUGCAAUACGUAUUGCAAAGUUUUGAGAUUUUAAGUACUUAUUGCGGUUAUAUUUUGUUGUAGGAAUUCUAACCACCAUAGGUGAUAUCUAUUGGCAUACCAUACAGGUUUGGUGACAUUAUAACUUUAUUUUUUACUACUUUUUCCACUUUUAAAUUUAUUCUAAGCUUAAUAGCAUCGUUCGCAGGGGUUUGUGCUUGUUAAAAAUUAAAUUAUGAUUUUUUAAAUCAGACAUCAGAUAAUAUUUAGUAAGUUAUUAAAUAUAUCCAACUUUGCCUUACUAGUCUAGAUUUAGCAUAGAUUUGUAACAUAUCGUUAAUAUAACUCCACUGAUAUCAAUUCAAGGAACUUGACUUAUAAGCAUUUAAUCGCCUUGGACAAAACAACAUAGAAGAUAACUAUAAUAUUUUUUAAAGGUGACAUGAUGCCAUACUUUGCGGGCUGAAUAUGUUCGGUUGAUAAAAUAUAGAAGUUUAUGUAAAACCAAUUUCCAUAGUAAUUUCGGGGUUCAUCUCAUCUUAAAUUAAAAGUCAUCCAAUAGUACCGUGACGACUGAGUCAUAAAGAUGACUGCUCGAAAAAGCCCUAUCACAAAAGACGAAAGCUACUUGAAUCACAAUUAGGCUAUGAAGACGGUGAUAGAUAAAGUACGUUGGUCCGCCGGACCUAUUUACAAUAACUUGUCAACCCUAUCAUCGCUAUAGACGUGAUAUAAUGACAUUGAAGACCUAGGUAUAAUAGACAUACACCCAAGGCCAAAAGUAUGGAAACAACGUUGUUUUCUUUAAUGUCUCAUGUAUCUAUCUUUGUUGUAUAUUUGUAUCCUAAAAUUUGCAUUGGGCAACCCCAAAAUAUUAAAAAUUCCCGCUACAUAUCAAAAUAUCCUAAAAUAUUGUCGAAAAGAAAAAAAAAGUUAAGACAAAGAUGAUAGUUGAGACAGUCUUUUCAAAAGGGCUUAUUUCUCUCUGGACACCAUACAAAAAUCCUCCUCUCCAUCAUAGCCAGCAUUUGAGUAAUUUACUAUUCAAAUGUUCUAUUAUUAAUUUUACCAUAUUGUUUUCAAUUCGUCAAUGAAUAAUAUAAAAUCAAACUUUUCUAUCAAAGUAUAAGCUUGUUUUCAUACUUUUGGCCUUGGGUGUAAAGUUGUCAGUCUUGUCUGUGAAAAAAGGUACUAUUUAACUUUAUUGCAAGCUUGUGUAAUGUUUACAAUAAUAUCAACAUACCAACACCAUUUAGUAUGCAUCAGCACUUUUAUUGAACUUUUACAAAUAAAUAUUUACAAUUAGAGAUUUCAUAAGAGAUUGGCAGUUUGCUCUAGAAUUAAUCUUCAACACUUAAUAUCACAAUAAUUUAAGAAAAGUGUGUAAUGUUAUUGUAGUAGCUUUUCUAUGCAAUAUUUUUUUACACAAUUAAUAAUAAAAUAAGCAUAUAAUAUUGUAGGCUAAAUUGUUGAUUUGUUAUUAUUUCGUAGGUUCAAAUGUGUUAUAUAUUAAUUAUUGUCAUGUUUAGUCUGGAAUAAAUUUAAUUAUGUGAUCAAUGAAUUUAUGUAUAUUGAGAAUAAAUGAUUACUUUUAAAA